CCUGUUUAAACAUGGCCGCGCACUGAGAAAUGUCACAUUAUUUUUCAGGUUGAAAACAUACGCUUCUUAUCGUCUGAUACAUCGUCCGUACCUCGUGUUAAAAAAGAGGCGACAUCUGAUAAGAUUUGUCUUCACGUCCUUCAGCAUCCUUAGAGGAUAUUUCGGCAGACAUCAUGGUACAUUUAUCGUCACUCCUACUAAAGAAGUACCACGGGGGCCAUGUUGUCAUUCGAUUGGCUCUUGCAGGCCACAAACAAGCUAACAGACCCUUUUAUCGCAUUGUGGCAGCUUACAACAAAAGGGCAAGAGAUGGUAGAUAUAUAGAGCAGCUGGGUUCCUACGACCCCCUUCCUAACAUCUACAAUGAGAAACUUGUCAGUUUCAACUUCGACCGGCUCAAGUACUGGAUCGGCUGUGGAGCACACCCUACAAAACCAGUUGCCAAACUUCUAGGGUUGGCUGGAUUUUUCCCUCUUCACCCCAUGACAAUAACAGAGGCAGAGCGUCAAAGAGUCCAAACAGAGAAGACAGAAACGGCAACAGAGGAAUCUCCAGAAGAGGAACAGAAGCACGCUGAAGUUGAGAGUUAAAGCUGUGGACUGUGUGUGACCAUCAAGUACAAAAGGAUGCCACAGUUAUUUAGAAAAAGAAUUGACUGAUCUGACUUGCUGUGUGAACUGGUUAUGGAAAGACAAAAUAUGUCUUAUUGUAUUUUGGUUCUGUCAAUAGCUUCUUUAGACAAUUUUUGAUCUAAUGCUUCAUUAGUGCCGUAUUCUAUAGGCAGCAGUAGUUGUUUGUAUUUGCUAUUGUACGAGAUCUAAUUAAACUAUUUCGAUAUAACUGCA